GCCAUAGACGAUUGACUAAAGUAGAGGGCUCAGUUCUGGGGGGUUUGAGGGACCCCAGAACCCUCCCCAUCGUAGUACCUCACCCCAGAAGAGGCAGAGCGCAGAUCGACAGUGAACCAAAAUCAUUUCUUCAUAAUUGUUUUCUCAUGUGAUUUGCAUUAAAAUAAUAUACUAAUGGAUAUUCUUCAAUUAAAAGAUGUCAAAGCUGUGCCUGACAUUAUUCAUGUGUAUUCUGACAAACUCAAGAGUCAAUCAACUCCACUGGUCAUUGACAAUGGAUCUUACAGCUGCAGAGUUGGUUGGGCUACCGAGAGCGAACCUCAACUGAUCUUCAAAAACCUCAUAGCGAAACCCAGAAAGGAGCGAGGAAAAAAGGAUGGCGAGCUCCAAAUUGGAAAUGACAUUGUGAACAUCGAGGCUGUGCGAUUUCAGCUGAAAACGCAAUUCGACAGGAAUGUCGUGACCCAUUUCGAAGCACAGGAGCAGAUAUUUGAUUACACGUUUACCCACAUGGGGAUCGACACCGAGGGAUCUGUCAAUCAUCCCAUUAUUUUGACUGAGGCUUUCCUCAAUCCAAAUUACUCCAGAAAUUUGAUGACAGAGCUCCUCUUCGAAUGUUACAACAUUCCUUCACUAGCCUACGGAGUGGACUGUUUAUUCUCAUAUCGUCAUAACAAUUGUCCCCCUGAUGGUCUCAUCGUGAGCUUGGGUUAUCACACGACCCAGAUAAUUCCAGUCCUCGACGGACGAGUCGAUUCGAAAAAUGCCAGAAGGAUCAAUGUGGGAGGAUUCCACAUAACCUCCUACAUGCACCGCCUGCUGCAGCUCAAGUACCCAGUCCACGUGAAUGCGAUAACCCCUAGCAGAGCUGAGGAACUGAUCCACGAUCACUCGAGUAUAGCUCUGGACUAUCAGGAUGAAAUUAAAAAAUGGGGAGACGUUGAUCACUACGACAGCAAUGUCCUGAGGGUGCAGCUGCCCUAUGUUGCCCCCGCAACGUCCCCGGGACUGACUGUCGAACAGCAGAAGGAGAGGAAGCGAGAGCUUGCGAGAAGACUGAUGGAGAUCAAUGCCAGGAAGAGGGAGGAGAGACUCGCUGAGGACGAAGAGCAGUUGAAUCACUUCUUAUCGAUCCAAGAUUUUCUGGAGGAAGGGGACACUGAGGAGUUCGAGCAUGCUCUAAAGUCCUACAAUUUGGCUAAUGAAGCCGAGCUGAUGAAGAUGAUUAACAAUCUUCAAGCGAAGAUUGAGAAGACCAAGCAGAAAAUUGUGGCUGCUAAUUCGCAGGAGGAAAAUGUUAUUAUCGAGGAGAAACCGAAGAUUAAGACUAGUCUGCAGCCUAAGGACUCGCAGGAUUUUGAUGAGUGGAUUGCCGGAGUCAAGAAGAAGAGACAAGAGAUCUUGGAACGGAGACUGGCAAAGCGCCAACGUCGUCAAGAUAUGGCGAAACGAAGGACAGCUGCAGCUCAGGAGAGAAUGCGCAUAAUAAGCCAAUUAGCGAAAAAAGAAAAACGAGAUGAUGACUUUGGAAUGCGCGAUGAAGACUGGGAUGUGUAUAAAGUCAUCAACCGGGAAGGUGGAGAUUCAGAUUCAGAAUUGGAGCAAGAACGUCUCUUGGAGCUGGAGAAUGUCCUCCGCCAGCACGAUCCAGAAUUCGAUGGCUCUGGGGCGAGUGUUCCUCUGGUACCAGGGGAAACUCACCAACUUCACGUGGCCCUUGAGCGUCUUCGAUCACCCGAACUCAUAUUUCAACCCGCAAUGAUCGGUUCCGUCGAGGCUGGAAUAGCCGAGACCAUCGAUUUUGUCCUCAAACUUUACCCAGAGGAUUUGCAAUUACGGCUUGUGGGCAAUGUCUUCCUCACUGGCGGUCCAGCUAAAUUACCUGGAUUACUGGAACGACUUCAACGUGAACUGAGGGAGAUCAGACCCUUCGCCACGAGCUUCAGGAUUUCCAUAGCUGGAAAUACAGCACUUGAUGCUUGGUAUGGCGCCAGGGAUUUUGGACUGAGUGACAGUCUGCCGGAGUACCUGGUGACACGACAGGAGUAUGAGGAAAUGGGAGGUGAAUAUGUCAAGGAGCAUUCGGCUAGUAAUUUGUACUUUACAUCCCCGGAACCACUACCUACGAUGCAAGUACCUGCUUGCAUCGAACAGGUGGUCGUUGAAGAUGCCAUCGUCGAUGUGGAGAUGGAAUAAAUUUUUUUUCCAAUAGAUACGUCUAGAGUUAGUUUACAACUAACUUGAGGAUUUUUUUAACUUCCAGAGACUAAACAAGUCUCGUAAUUUUAGGGAAAAUUUCAAAUUUGACAGAACAAGUGACUCAAUAAAUUAUAAAUAAUUAAUUGAAGAAUUUUAUAACUUUAAUUGGAAGAAUUGAAAAAUCUCAUUAUCUAGACGCAUCGACCAAGAAAUCGUCCAACUGUACAAUUCUCCCCCAAAGCCUGUAAGAUAAAGGGGUAAUAAAUAUAUCAUGUCAAUUCUA